UGAUGGUCAAUUUACAACUUUUAAUAGUGGUCUUCUCUAUUGGUUAACAUUGUUUAGUUGGUGGUGUUUUGAUAUUUUACCGAUGUUUAUUAUUGUAUAUCAGUUAUUAUUAAAUUAUUUUUUUAUUUAGCCGAUAUUAAUAAAUAUAUAAAACGUAUAUUCUUUCUUUAAUUCCGUUAGAAUUUUGUCGAAAUAAUUUCGUUUUACUUCUUGAACACUCGGUAUCAGGCUUUGAAAUAGUAAUCUAUUGUAUUAAAGUUAUUAAAUUAUUUUUAAAUUAUCAAGAUGGAUCAGAUGUUACCCAGUCCAUAUAAUAUACCGGGGAUUGGGACUCCGCUGCAUCAGCCUGAAGAAGAUCAACAAAUAUUGCCGAACGCCAUGCAACAGCAACAACACCAAGCUUUGGCUACGUUGAGUUCUUCACCGUUGGUUGGAUUUGGAGGAUCUAUAAUGGGCACUCCUCAGAGAUCUAUGCACACUUAUGCGCCGACUGCUAGUUUCUCAACACCACAGCAAAUGAUGCAGCCUCAAACUCCCCAAAAUCUUAUGUCACCUAUGAUAACUAGUGGAAGUUUAGCAGGACAACAAAUGCUUAGCCAAGCUAGUCCAGCGCCUAUGACUCCCAUGACUCCUCAUUCAGCUGACCCUGGUAUUUUACCACAGUUACAGAAUAUUGUGUCAACUGUAAAUUUAAAUUGUAAGCUAGACCUAAAAAAAAUUGCUCUACAUGCUCGAAAUGCAGAAUAUAAUCCAAAGCGUUUUGCUGCCGUUAUUAUGAGAAUAAGGGAACCCAGGACUACAGCACUGAUUUUUUCAUCUGGAAAAAUGGUGUGCACAGGUGCCAAAAGUGAAGAAGAUUCUCGGUUAGCUGCUAGAAAGUAUGCUAGAAUUAUACAAAAACUUGGUUUUACAGCAAAAUUUUUAGACUUCAAAAUACAAAACAUGGUUGGAAGCUGUGAUGUUAAAUUUCCAAUUCGACUUGAAGGAUUAGUUCUUACACAUGGACAGUUCAGUUCUUAUGAACCGGAACUUUUUCCUGGACUUAUAUAUAGAAUGGUGAAACCAAGAAUAGUACUGUUAAUAUUUGUUUCAGGCAAAGUGGUACUGACAGGUGCUAAAGUACGGCAAGAAAUAUAUGAGGCAUUUGAUAAUAUUUAUCCUAUUCUAAAAAGUUUUAAAAAACAGUAAAUUAUUAUCACAUAA